GGAGAACACAUAGACAGUUGUGCUCUCGACCUAGAUGUAGUUCUUGUGUAGCGAGACCAUGAAAAGCGGCGAUUUCAGCCAAGAGUGAAGGUAGCACAAGAUAUGCCCAGAGGCCUUGGCAGCAUGGCGAGCCCUGAGGUGCAAGCGGGCAGCUACGAGACCCCCACAGCUUCUGAACUACACAGAUUGAUGUGGACAAAGAAAGGGGGGAACAACCGUAUGGAUGAAGUUUACCCCCGGAUCUAUAUAGGAGACAUGUAUGCAGCAAAGGACAAGAGGACACUCCAGGCUCACCACAUCACCCAUGUCCUCAAUGCCGCUGAUGGAAAAUUCAACGUGAACACGGGACCAAGCUUUUACAGAGACACCGCCAUCACUUAUCAUGGAGUGGAAGCUUUUGACAUGCCGUCCUUUGACUUGAGUCCCUUCUUUUACCCAGCGGCCAGUUUUAUCAAGAAUGCUCUGAGUCUGCCCACAGGUAAGGUUUUUGUCCACUGCGCAAUGGGACUCAGCCGUUCCUCCACCUUGGUUCUGGCCUAUUUAAUGAUCCACGAGAACAUGACUCUGGUGGACGCCAUCAAAGCUGUCAGUGCCAACAGGAAUGUUUCACCCAACGAGGGAUUCCUGGAGCAGCUCCGACGUCUGGACAAAAAGCUGCACUGUCAUUAGACAGCUGAACCAUCAGGGUGGAUUUAAUUAAGCUUAAUUAUAUUGCGGCCUCUUGCUGAUAUGAAGCUGCUAUAACAACAAACCCUAUGUAAAUCAUGUUGUUGUAUUGUCUUUGUAAAAUAUAUUUUAUCUGUGUUACAAAUAAAAGCUAAUAAUAGCUUAAAAUGUUAUGAUCUCGGACAAGAACAUGUAGCCACUACAAACUGAGUGGCAGUUGGUGUUUGAUUCAAAAUCAUUCAGAGGAACAAAAACAAGCGAGCAGAAAUAUAACCCAUAAAACUUUGCAAGGGAUAAAAAAA